AUGAGUUACACACAAUCAUGGCAAGAUCUGGAGAAAGCGACUGGUGGUCGGGUCGUGAUGCACGGCAGCGUCAAGGACAUCCGUGACAUGUACGAUGGCCUGGUAGCCAUGCUACUCCCACAACUGCCCCCUCCAUCCGAUGCGACCGAGAGCUUCGAUGGUGAGGUCGAAGGCGUCAAGUAUCGCGUUUAUACACCCAAAGAGGCCGCAAAGCAAGGACCGCUCCCAGUCGCCAUCUGGACUCACGGAGGAGGCUGGAUGACAGGUGAUCUCAACUCGGACGAUCUUCUGUGCAGAAUCGUGGCCGAACAUACUCCUUCCAUCAUUGUCAAUGUGGAUUAUCGACUCGCACCAGAACACAAGGUUCCCACUCAGCUGGAGGACACACUGAAAGUUUAUCGAUGGGCCCAGCAAAACGCAGCUUCAUUCGGCGGAGACCCAAACAAAUUCUACACGGUCGGAGGCUCCGCAGGAGGUGCGUUGGCUCUGCAAGUGGCCAAUCGCAUUGUCAAGGAUCCAGCCAAACGAAACAACAUCAAAGGAAUCGCCGCACUGGUGCCAUGCACACUGCACUUCGACCAUGUCCCCGAAGAGUACAAGUCCCUCUACAAGUCGUACGAGGAGAACAAGACCGGCGUGCCGAUUAUUGAUAAGGAGUCGAUGGAGAUCUUCUACCGAGAAGCAGGAGUGGACCCCAAAGAUAGCGACAUCUUCACUGCAUUGGCCACGGACAACCACAAGAACUACCCACCUACCUACCUUGCCAGCUGCGAGUAUGAUCCUUUGAGAGACGAUGCGUAUGUGAUUGAGGCGGCUUUGAAGAAGGCGGGUGUGCCGACCCAGCAUAACCAUUACAAAGGACUGCCCCACUAUUUCUGGAUCUUCCCUUCAGUGCCGGAAGGACAGAAGUUCGUUGGCGAUCUCAUUGGUGGUAUCAAGUGGUUGAUUUCGCAGAUGUAA